GUUAGGUUGUCAUGUGGUAACCAACAGAAGGUUAUGAGUAAAAAAAAAAAAAAGGAUUAUUUGAUCAUCUGACUUGUUUUGCGUAAAGGGAAGAGAUAUGGAAUGAGUCGGAUAGCACAUACGGUUGUCUUGUGUUGAUUUUAGAGACAUUAUUUUGACAUUUUUAAUAUUUGUGGUGAUCGGCGAAACACCUCGAUUCACGAAUUGGUCGUCCAACUCGCGAUGCUGGACAGAUCGCUGCAUCAUCAUGUUGCUUUCGAGUUAGCGAAACAAAUCACAAGUUACACCAGGGGAAUAGUGAGUCGUCGUCAUUUAGCUACCCGACAAUUGCAAUUGUGAACAGAAAAGGAUGGAUACAUCUGUUGAUUUGGCUUGUUGGCACUUCGAUGAUACAUUGUCGCGCCCAGUGAUGUGAAAUAAGAAGAUACAAUGUAACCAGCUAUUUAUCACUUGUUUAUGCCUGGGGUUGAUGCGAUAUUUCUCAUUUGUUAUUGGGUGGGCGCGAUUGUAAUUAGCCAACAUCUUCAUUGUGGGCAUUUGGGAUAAUGAAGAAUCAAAAUGCAUUUUCUUUCAAAUAAAAUUUGCCACUGAAAUAUAGUCUAUCCAGACCUACAUUAUAAAAAUCUGGAAUAUAGUAUUUACUUUUUUAUUGGCUCCAUCAUCAUCAAAUAAUAUAUUGUAUUUAUCAAGGAAGUGCACGUUUAGUCUCUGUUGGAUUACCCCGGUUUGUGUAGGAUAUCCUUUGACUGCUCUGUUCGGGUUAUGAUCAUGACCCGGGAAUGUAUGGAUGAUCGCCAAAGAGAUGCUGACUUCAUGGAAAUAUGCUGGUGACAUUUCUCCUAUUCAAACAAAUCAGUUACACAGUUAUUGUGCUGCAGACUGUUAUUGGAUACUUUUUGAUAAUAGUGGCUAAGCGUGCCACAUUGUCUCAGUAAAUGUUUUUAACCACGAUGGAAUGCAACAUAUAUAGAUUCUCCAAAUAGGUUGCCAAUAUGUUAAUUUGAAAGUUUCAUAGGUCUAUUUCUUCCCAUGUUUUCCUGGCCCGUCUUUAAUCUUUUGUUACUGUCCACUGCUGUCACCGCAUCCACGUGGAGUUGACAACACCUGACACUUGCAACUUUUGGGUCGAGGAAACUUGCAACCGUGACGCACAGACGGCUCCCUCUGCCGUAAUCCCCAGAACGGUGCAAGGGGACAUCGCUUUUGUUUUUGCUUUCGGACCGCGGAGAGGAAGAGGGAUAGACACAAUAAGGAAAAAGUAGCUUACAGCAGAUACAAAAAAGAAGUCCGGCUAAAAUGGCCGGCGAAUGCAACUAUAAAACACAAUACGAGAAUGAUGACACAUUUUCUCCAUCCAAAUUACCCGACCGAGUGCGGAUGCUCGCGGGGGAGCCCGACGCCGCCCGUGCUCAGACGGGGCGUAAAUCCUUGGGUUGCUCGCCAAACUUCGAAUUGAUUGACGGACUGCUGUACCGUAAGAAGUUGGAGAGAGGCUUCAUCCAUUACCGGGAGGUGCUUGACGAGGACCGACGGUUCGGGGCAAUCGCCACUUUCCACCGGCGACGGCCAGGCACGCGCCACCACUCCCUGGAGGACACGUACAGAUCUGUGGCCGAGAACUACUGGUGGGAGGGGAUGUAUUUUCAGAUCCGAGACUUUGUCCUGGGAUGCCCAGAGUGCCUUGAGCAGAGGAACAAGAGACUUGAGAAGGGUGUGGGCGAGAGCCGUCUCUCUCAGACAAUGAUGUCACACAGCCGUGACGUGUUGAAUAAGCUGAGGAGCCAGCGGGAGGCUGGACUGUUCUGUGACAUCACUCUGAGGACAGACGGACGCUCUUACUCUGCCCACAAGGCAGUGCUGGUGGCAGUGAGCGAGUACUUCCAGGAAGUAUUCACUGAGAUGGACUCCGCCCCUAGCGCCAGGUCUGACAUCGAUCUCACAGGUUUCAGUGAGUCUAGCCUGGUGUCUCUGCUGGACUUCUCCUACUCCUCUACUCUGUGUGUGUCUGAGGAGGACCUGUCAGAGGUCAGCACUAUGGCCCGUCAUCUGGGCAUGUGGCCUGCCGUGGAGGCCUGCACGGCCCUCCAGAGGGAGCAGGCGGACCACACCUCCCGCUACCCCAACACGGAGCACUCUGCCCUGGGCUUCCCAUCGCAGUGCCCUGGGUCUCCCAUGGAGCUCCGCCACCACCAGAAGGACAGGAAGACGGGAUUGGCUGGAGAGGGCAGGGAGAGGGUGGCUGGGGGAAGAGUGGUGAGGGGUUUGGGUGAUGGCUUCAGACUGAUUCUGGAUCAGUCCGAUGAGUCGGGAGAGGAGAGCCCCACCAGACGGUCGCCCCGUCGCCCCCUCAGACCCAGCGCCCACCCUCCAGGGCGGAACGGACUCCCCCUCAGCCCCAUGCACAGGAUGAAGCUCAUGGACUUCAAAUCCCCCUCCUGUAAAAUAACCUCUUCCCCCCGAAAAAAUGUCCCCUCCAACCCCCGCUCCCGAAAUGUCCCCUCUUCCUCCUUGCCCCACACAUGUACCCGUCUCCUCCGCUCCACUCCCAGGGCCGCCAAGGAGGUCCAGAGUAUGCUGCCCAGGACAGAGAGCCCUCCUCAGGGCCGAAAGCCACCCCCAGUCCCCUGUCCUGCCUUCACCUCCUCCAGACAGAGGACUUGCUCUGAGGCCAACAUAGUGAGGGUGGAGGAGGAAGAUGAGAAAGAUGAUUUCAGAGCGCUGGAGAAGUACCGGCUGAUGAGCGUGCUCGGGUUACAGAGGACGUCCCUCCUCCCCAGACCAGAGGAUCUGAUUGGCUGGAGGCAGAAGAAACGGCUCCGGAAGCUGAAAGUCAAUAAUUAUUCGCUGACUAAGCGGAGGAAACCCCGCCCCCAGGGGUUGGGGGGGCUGGUGUUCGGGGGGCUGCCCCUGUCCCUCCCUCUCUGCACCCCUGCCAAUGCCCACUUCUUGAACAGGAUCAUAAAGAAGGAGCCUGUGUAUCCAAUCAGCAUGGAGGACAGGAGACUGAAGAGAUCCAGGCAGCCCCGUCCUUUUCCACCCAGCGACAGGAGCAUGCGCAGUAAAGUGGCAUUACCGGACCUGCUGCAGCCCGUGUCCAGGCCGGCCUACGGCGGCAGGGAUCUCAGGCGUUCUGUCAGGGGUGAAGAAGUCAGCCAUCCCCCUCCGCACCUCCCGCCCCGCUCUGGGAAUGCCAGAGUUCCAAAUCCCAAGAGGAACAUCUCUGCUCUCAGGAUCAAACCGGAACAUGCCGACUACGCCAUCUCAGCCCUGCAACUCCCCUCACAUGGCCAACGCCCAAACACACACAUCCCCCCUCCCAGGGCCCACCCCAGGAACAAGGUUACCUUGGAGACUGUCAGGGUGCUCCGCUACAACAGAGGGUGUCUGUUGGCCAAAGCCAAGCCGGAGCGGAGUGGCAUGAAAGAGGCUGGGAGAGCUAAGCAUAAGCCCAGAGAGAAGAGUAGGAGGACAGGGUGCAACCAGGGAGCAAGGGGGGUCAUGGAGAGAGGGCCUGGAGCUCUGAGCAGAAGGAAAAACAGCAGCAUCCUCAGCCCUGACAAUGUCCCUCCUCCCCUCCAUAGCCAUCCUCUGUACAGGGUCAUCAAGGAGGAACCAGCAGACCCUCUACCCGUGGUGGGGCCUUUCCCCGAGUCUCCCUCCCCAGAGCUGGGUAAGAGGCAGAUCAAGCCCCCUGUCAAGCUUCUCGAUCCAGGCUUCCUCUUCAGCUUCUGCCGGCCACCCGGAGGGCCCAUGGUGGGGGUGAAGAGGGAGGAGGAGAGUGUGGAUAUCUGCCUAACACGAUCUGUCUCGAGGGGGGAGAGGUUAGGUCCCGGGGGGGGCCCGGACAGGGUCCUGAGGGCCAGAGGAGGUCCCCCCACUUUGCCCAUGGUGCAAAAGGAGCGAGAGGAGAAGAGUGUGAACCAAAGUCAAACCAAGAGGCAGGGGCCACCAAGGGCUGUCAACAUUCACCAACACAAGGCCCCCCACCUGGUUAGAGCCAAAGGGUCAAAGGGUGCACACACAGCACGCGACAUACCAAAGAAGCAAGCUAAGCCCCUCCACCUGCCUAGCCGAGGCCCCGCCCUGUUGGACUCAAUCUGCCGUGCGCGGCUAAAGCAACUGCGGGGUCCUCGCAGUCAGGCCCCCAAGGCCAAGUCAUCCCACGUCUGCCUGCAGUGCCGGGCCUCCUACAAGGACUGUACCAGCCUCCUCAUGCACCGCAUCAGGCACAUCGAGGGCAAGCACUGGCCCUGCCCUCUGUGCAGUAAGACGUUCUUCAGGAUGAGGAAUGUGAAGAACCACAUCCGGACACAUGACCAAAGGCUGUAUAAGUGUCGCAGCUGUAUUGCUGCAUCCUGAGAGCUGACUGGGGAGGGAGUGAGGGUUGAGGCUGUCUACAUUGACUGACGUGAUGAAGAGAGUAGAGCACAUUGUUGAACUGCAAGCUUGUACAUGCAAUGCGUCCAUCACAUCCAAGCACAAGGCUCCUAGGAAAGCUGUAAUUACUAUGACGUUGAUUAUUGUUAUUUAAAUAACCAAACUUAAAUUCUUGUUUGCGUUUUCAGUAGCUACAGGAGUUUAACUUGAACUUUACACUCAGGGGGUGGGGCAACUGUGGCGUUACUGUAUUUAAAUGGUUGACGACGUCACAGUUUAUGUAAAUGAGAAAUGUGUAGAAUGGAAAUGACAGAAAUAUAUUAUGACAAUGAUAAUUAUUACCACUAUUGUUAUUUCUAUCAUUAUUUUUCUAUGUAUAGACUGAAUCUUUGAGUGCACUUAUACACGAUAUCACCAAAAGUAUGUGGACACCCCUUCAAAUUAGUGGAUUUGGCUAUUUUAGCCACACCCAUGCAAUCGCCAUAGACAAAUAUUGGCAGUAGAAUGGCCUUACUGAAGAGCUCAGUGACAUUCAAAUCAAAUUUUAUUGGUCACAUACACAUGUUAGCAGUUGUUAUUGCAGGUGCAGUGAAAUGCUUGUACUUCUAGAUCCGACAAUGCAGCAAUAUCAACAAGUAAUCUAACAAUAAAAAAACUAAAUAUUGCAUAGUUUCAUAAGGACUAGAAGCGAGGUGACCCCCUCUGUCGGCGCCAUCUUGCUAAACGUGGCACCGUCAUAGGAUGCCAUCUUUCCAACAAGUCAGUUUCUGCCCUGCUAGAGCUGCCCCAGUCAACUGUAAGUGCAGUUAUUGUGAAGUGGAAACGUCUAGGAGUAACAUUGGCUCAUCCGUGAAGUGGUAGGCCACACAAGCUCACAGAGUGUGACCGCUGAAGCACGUAAAAAUUGUAUGUCCUCGGUUGCAACACUCCGUACCAAGUUCCAAACUGCCUCUGGAAGCAACGUCAACACAAGAACUGUUCGUCGGGAGCUUCAAGAAAUGGGUCUCCAUGGCCGAGCAGCCGCACGCACACAAGCCUAAGAUCACCAUAUGCAAUGCCAAGUGUCUUCUGGAGUGGUGUAAAGUUUGCCGACAUUGGACUCUGGAGCAGUGGAAAAACGUUCUCUAGAGAUGUUAUUUUUAUUUAACUAGGCAAGUCAGUUAAGAAAAAAAUUCUUAUUUACAAUAACAGCCUAGGAACAGUGAGUUAACUGCCUUGUUCAGGGGCAGAAGGACAAAUAUUUACCUUGUCAGUUCAGGGAUUCGAUCUAGCGACCUUUAGUUUACUGGCCAAGUGCUCUAACCACUAGUCUACCUGCUACCUGCUGCCCCAAGUGGUGAGUCACGCUUCACUGACGGACCAAUCUGGGUUUGGGGGAUGCCAGGAGAACGCUUCCUGCCCGAAUGCAUUGUGCCAACUGUAAAGUUUGGUGGUGGAGGAAUAAUGGUCUGGUGCUGUUUGUCAUGGUUCGGACUAGGCCCCUUAGUUCCAGUGAAGGGAAUGUUACUACAGCAUACAAUGACAUUAUGACGAUUCUGUGCUUCCAACUUUGUGGCAACAGUUUGGGGAAGGCCCUUUCCUGUUUCAGCAUGACAAUGUCCCCUUGCACAAAGCGAGGUCCUUACAGAAAUGGUUUGUUGAGAUUGGUGUGGAAAAACUGGCCUGCACAGAGACCUGACCUCAACCCCAUCGAACACCUUUGGAAUGAAUUAGAACCCUGUCUGCGAGCCAGGCCAAAUCGCCCAACAUCAGUGCCCGAUCUCACUAAUGCACUUGUGGCUGAAUGGAAGCAAGUCCCUGCAGCAAUGUUCCAACAUCUAGUGGAAAGCCUUCCCAGAAGAGAGAAGGCUGUUAUAGCAGCAAAGGGAGGAUCAACUCCAUAUUAAUGCCCACGAUUUUGGAAUGAGAUGUUUGACGAGCAGGUGUCCACAUACGUUUGGUCAUGUAGUGUACCAUAGCUUUGUUGUAAACCUAAGAUUCAGUACAUUGAUGUAACGGAGGGGUAGCCGGAGAGUAGACGAGGCCCAGAUUUGAAAACUUGAAAGUUCACAGGGGUGGAGAUGGAGUGUCUGUUAAAAACGAGGAGGUAUAUUGGGUUUCUUCUACUGUCUUUGGUGUUUAGAGAUGAGUUGACUGGUGUUUGUCUAUGUAUCGGUUCUCUAGUCUCACCUUCAGUUUGGGAAAGGGGGUUGGGAGGGGGGAAUAGGCCCAAUCACUAAAGGACCCCUACACCCUAUGCACUUGUUGAGAUUGGAGAGGAUUUGAUUGAUAGAAGCAAUAUGGAGAAACUUCCCUGUAGCAGAUAAAAGGACAAGGUUACCAUAUUGCUUACACUUGUCAAAUCCACUCAGUUCUCCACAAGUGCAUAGGGUCUAGGGAUCUUUUUGGGAUUGGGCCCAUAAGUUGGCUAGUUGGGCGUAAGUCUGUUUCCUCCCGUUGUCUUUUCCAAUGCUGCCUAUCUAUCUAUGAAAGGGAAAACUGUCAGGUCUAAAUGUGAAUCUCUAAAAUGUGUAAUCAACAUUACUGUCUCAAUACUGAUUUCUUUUUUUUUAACUAGGCUGUUUGGCCUUUUAUAUAUAAGAACCUCCUUCAUACUCAAUGCAAUGCGUGCACAUACUAUGGAGACAUUGAAUAUGUUCAGAGUUUCAUUUUAAAAGUCAGAUCAUUCAGACGCUCUCCGUUUGGUUAUCUAUAAAAAGAAUAUGAAAUAAAUUGUUGCCUUUACAA